ACAUAAAAUUUGGCUUCCAAAAUGGAUGGACGGCCACUCCGCGAUUCUAUAUGGACAAGCUCACAGACUAUACAUCUGAAAACAAACAACUAACUUAUCUCAAGCUGUUUCACGUUCGUGAACUAUGCGUGAAUGUAAUUCUUGAAAUUGGAUUCGGACACGGGCAGCGGAUUAUUCAAUGGCAUGGGACAGCAUAUCGCUGGUCAGAGUUUGCGGUCUUAAUUUUAGACGACAAGAAUGAAACACAGAAUCAGAUUUAUGUUCACUAUGUUAACCAAAACAACCCGCUCUCUUUUGAUUGGUUUAAACAUAACGUUAUCUGUAAGGAUCAAAUGUGGAUAUGUAAUAACCGAACAAAAGACAAAAAGGAACGUGGAUCUGUUUCGGCAGACAAAGCCAAAUCUCAGCCAGGCGGAGAAUUAGGAAAACAAGAAAACUCGCGAGAACAAGCCGAACUCUCAGAUGAGAAGCAAAGUAAAUCGGCAGAAGAUGUUAUAGCUUAUCAAGGAAACACGGAUCUUGAUUUGAAACAGUAUGAUAAUUGGGAAGAUAGAGAAAUUGGGGAGAGUUCGAGAGCAGCCGAAUUAAGAGCCGAAAAAGAAAAAGAGUUCGGAAAGAAGCCUGGUGAAGCGCAGAAAGAAGAAGAACAAAGAAAGAAAAAAGAAGCAGGUCAGAAGACUAAAGAAGCGCUAGGGAAAAACAUCGAGGAAGCGAAGAAGAAAGAAAAUGAGCAGAAAAAGAAACUUCAAGCCAAGAAAAAGAAAAAUCUGAUCAGAUCCAGUGCACCAGAAACGAGUCUGGAUUACAUGGGCAACGAUUACGUAAUAAAUAGCAAAUACGGAAUAGAUGAAGAAGCAAAAAAGCUGGAAAAAGUAUGGAACCGACAGUUAUACACUGAGAAGAUCAACUCGGCGAAAAACAAAAGAGAGAUGGAAAUAGCGGAAAAAAUCAGGAAACAGCAAGAAAACCAAACAAAUGAUGAAGAGAAGAAAGAAAAGACGAGAAAUGAAUCAUUGGAAAGCGCAAACGAAGCCAGACAAAAUAGAGAGAUGAAAUUUGAAAAAACUAAGGAAAAAAUCCUGGAAAAGGUGAAAAAACUCCAGGAAGCUGGCGAAGAAACAAAAGCCAGAGAGCUGUUAAGACAAUUAUCAAAAUUGGAAAAAAAAGCUUACCACGAAAAACAUUUACACCACAAAAUGCAUAAUAAGUCGAGGGCAAAAACAACCCCAAACCAUCAGAAAAACAAAACCGAGGCUGAAAACAAAAAAUCAAACACGAAAAAAGCUGAAAAUACAUCAAAAACAAAAUCUAAAAGUUACGCAAAAAAGCAAACCGAAAAAAAGGAACAGAAGAAAAAAGUCAAAAAAUCUACACAGAAGAAUGCAAAACCAAAUCAGUCGGAAAGUGAGAAAACAGAAAAAGAGUCAGAACAGCGUUCGUGGAAAUCUGUAGUAGCAAAUUCUCGAACUCUGUAAAA